AUGCUAUCUAACGGUAAAGUUCCUUCCACAGAAGGGCGUGAUCCGGCUUACUUUUCAUAUUAUGCCAUGUUACAGCAUCAGCAAAAUAUGCUUCAAGAUUCUGUGCGUACCUCCACUUACCGGUCAGCCAUUCUUCUUAAUGGUCCCGCAUGCUUUCAUGACAAAUUAAUUCUGGAUGUUGGUGCUGGUUCCGGAAUCUUAUCUUACUUUGCGGUACAAGCGGGCGCACAAAAGGUGUACGCUGUCGAAGCCUCACAAAUGGCCGAGAAAAUGCGAAAACUUGUUAAUGCAGCUAAUACCGGGGAUAGUGAUGGAACUAUUAGGAAUGCAUUUUUGAAGGAUAAGAUCGAGGUUAUCCAAGCUAAGAUCGAAGAACCGGAUCUUCCUAUUCCUCAAGUUGACACCAUCAUAUCUGAACCUAUUGGAGUUCUUUUGAUUCAUGAGAGAAUGCUUGAAAGUUAUCUCUAUGCGCGAGAUACAUUUCUUAAACCUGGUGGUACCCUUUUCCCUUCAACUGGUUCGAUAUCUCUUGCACCUUUUACGGAUGCUGCUUUGUGGAGCGAGACAAUGAGUAAAGCACGAUUUUGGGAACAAAAUUCUUUUUACGGAGUAGAUCUUUCCGCAUUAUAUGGUGAUGCUAAAGAUGAAAUGUUUGGUAAAUAUAAUAAUCGUUGA